AUGUUAUCAACUAGUACAUCGAAAUUAUUAUAUAGAUCAACACUUUUGUUGAUAUUCAUUGGAUUCAUUUAUACAUUGGUACACGAACUCGGUGACAAUCCACUGCUGGAUCUAUACAACUUUAUUCCAUUUCAUCAGGCACACCAGUGCAGUGGCAGUCCUGUAGGUGUCGGAUUCGGUACGAUGCCAUUGCAAUGCUCAACCAACAUCACCGGUACAUUUUUCGUGAUGCCACUGUUUGGCACCAGCAGCUUCAACUUGACAUCGAAUCUCUACGAGUAUUGCAACGACGAAAUCUACACAUCGACCUUUGAUCUCACCAGCGGUAGCACCGAGUGCCAGUACAACCUCGCUAGCAACAGCUCCUACUUGGUGUACAAGCAAGACUGGCCAGUCAAGAUCCCACCCAACUCAGUUCUCUACCAAUCGAUGUUUGCACUGUGUUCGUCGGUGUCGUCCUACUGGUUCGCCACCAACAACACAGCCGUCAUCAACCCAGACGGUUCAGUCUCAACCUUCUAUUGCAACGCACAGAACCAUCCAUAUGAGAUCAAUUGCAACCCUCACAACGGUUGUCGUACUAACGCUCUUUAUUCACAAUGCGAACUUUUAUCACCUUAUCAAGUAACUUGCACAAAUUAA